AUGGCCGAACGGACAAGUGUCUUGACUCGGCCAGAGGACGUGAAAGCGGCCUUCCGGGACUCGGACCAGCACUGCAAAGGGGUCAACAACGAUGCCGGUUGGCUCAUGGGCGAGCUGUUGGGCAGCUGCCUGGGCCUGAUCUCCGGGGCGGACUGGCGACAGGUUCGUGCCGCGACGGAUGAGGCCUUCACCCGCAGAGCUGCCGUCGCCCGUAUCGAUCGCAUGGUGGCCAUGACAAGGGCGCACUUUGCCGACCUCCUCGGCGGCGGCCCCCCAGGCCGGCAGAGCCAAGAAAGGCUCGAUCCGGUCGCAGAUCAGCGCCACCUCCCCUUCUGGAUGCUGGCAGAUCACCUGUACGGCGACCUGACGCCGGCCCUCCGAUCACAGCUCGCCGCCCUGAUCCCGCUGCGUGAGGCCCUGUUUCGCCGCGUGAUCCAGGGGGGCACGACGCGCUUCGCCUGGAGCCGCUUCCUGCCGAUGCGGACGAACCGCCAGCUGCGGGCGUUUCAAGCUGGGUGGAGGGCCUUUAACGAUGCCGCGUGCGCUCGAUGCCGAUUGGCGGGGGAGAACACCGCCCCCGUCGUGCGCAUGUACGACGCAUGUUGUGCGUCGUCGUCGUCGUCGUCGUCCGGGUCUGUCCGGAGCGAACACGUGCUGCAGACCCUGGACGAGGUGCUGUUUGCGAACCUGGACGUCAUGAUUGGCGGCAUCUCGUGGAACUUGCUUUUCCUGGCCGCCCACGGGGACGUCCAGACCCAACUGCGCGAGGAGAUCGCCCAGGCCAUGGGCCCCUCUUCGGAGGGAGGUGGACAGUGCUCCUCGGCGCGGGCGGUUUAUCUAUCCAAGAACGAUACCCUCCUGGCUGCUUCAAUCCGCGAAGCCGCGCGCCUCAGGCCCGCGGCAGCCUUCUCUAUCCCGCAGGCCGCCCCCACGGAUCGUGUAGUCGGUGGCUAUCUCGUCCCUGCGGGGACCAACUUCGUGGUCGACACACAUGCCAUGAAUAUCCGCAACCCCUUUUGGGGUCGUGACAGCGAGGCGUACCGACCCGCCCGGUUCCUGUGCCGCAAAGCCCCCGAGCUGAGGUACCAAUAUUGGCGGUUUGGGUUUGGUCCCAGACAGUGCCUGGGCAAGUACAUCGCCGAUCUCAUCAUCGGGGUGCUUGUGGCGCAUCUCGUGGAGAAUUACCAGCUUAGUCUGGAUUCCGCGAGCACCUGGGACAAAGACUGCGAGAGCUGGAUUGCGCAGACCAACACGACCAUUCGGUGCAAAAGGAAGUGCUAG